UUGACUGCCAGAGAACACAAACACGUUUCGUGUUGAAGACAUACGCGCUAUUUUGGAGAGAAAACCUAUUUUACUGAUUACUAGUUUUCCAAACGUACAUCAUAAUGUAUUCCUCUGAUGAUGAGGAAGGCAAUAUCACCGACUUGGAGCAGGAAAAUCAAGUGAAUGCCUAUGAAUCUGAUUCGGACAACCAGUUGAAUAACCAGGAGUCGGAUAAUAACAGCGAGAAGUCCGAUCCGGCGAACGGCGAAGCGGAUGUAAAGUCAAACAGUUGGGAAGACAUGGGCCUAAUUGAUUCACUUGUCGGAGCAUGCCGGGCAUUGAAAUGGAAAGCGCCGUCAAAAAUUCAGCGGGAAGCUAUUCCACUAGCUCUGCAAGGCAAGGAUAUCAUUGGAUUAGCUGAGACCGGCUCCGGUAAGACGGGAGCUUUUGCAUUGCCAAUAUUGCAAGCACUGCUAGAAAAUCCGCAACGCUAUUUUGCCCUAGUUUUAACACCAACCCGAGAAUUGGCGUACCAAAUUUCAGAACAGUUUGAAGCUCUCGGAGUGUCCAUCGGUGUGCGGUGUUGCGUCGUAGUGGGAGGUAUGGAUAUGGUCUCACAAGCCUUGCAAUUAGCCCGGAAGCCGCACAUUAUUAUCGCAACGCCUGGACGAUUGGUGGAUCAUUUGGAAAAUACGAAGGGAUUUAAUCUGAAAGCGGUCAAGUAUUUGGUCAUGGAUGAAGCGGAUCGAAUUUUGAACCUAGAUUUUGAGGUUGAGUUGGAUAAGAUCUUGAAGGUACUCCCUCGGGAGAGACGAACCUUUUUGUUCAGUGCUACGAUGACGAAAAAAGUGAAGAAACUGGAACGAGCUUCACUUAACGAUCCAGUCAAAGUUGAGGUUUCCAGUAAAUACCAAACGGUAGAUAAACUGUUGCAAUAUUACGUUUUUAUUCCUGCAAAGUAUAAGGAUGUCUAUCUGGUUCAUAUAUUGAACGAAUUGGCAGGAAACAGUUUCAUGAUUUUCUGCAGCACCUGUAAUAACACCGUUCGAACGGCGCUAAUGCUCCGCGCUCUCGGUUUGGCCGCUGUCCCGUUGCAUGGUCAAAUGUCGCAAAACAAUCGGCUUGCGGCACUAAACAAGUUUAAAGGUAAAAAUCGCCAAAUUCUCAUUUCCACUGAUGUUGCCUCCCGUGGAUUGGACAUACCGCAUGUGGAUGUUGUUCUUAAUUUCGACAUUCCGACGCACAGCAAGGAUUACAUCCAUCGGGUGGGUCGUACGGCUCGUGCCGGUCGUGCUGGUAAGGCAGUCACAUUCGUAACCCAAUACGAUGUAGAGUUGUACCAGCGAAUCGAACAUCUGCUUGGAAAGAAGUUGCCUCUAUUCAAAUGCGAGGAGGACGAAGUAAUGGCACUGCAGGAGCGAGUCAGCGAAGCUCAGCGUACAGCGCGGCUUGAACUAAAGGAUAUCGAGGAACGGAAGGGUAAUAAGCGGAAAGGUCACGGUGGCCGCGGCAACGAUUCGGACGAUGACGAUACCGAGCAGUUUAAUGGAGCCCGCAAAAGAAUCAAGCAGCCAGGUAAAAAGGGAAAAGGAAAGUUUAAAAAUAAAAAGUAAGAGAUAGCGAUUUCUGUUUCUUGUACUGUUGUAGAAAAUUUUGGUUUCGGUUACUUUUAGAAAUUGAGCAAAAGAAACAGCAUUAAACUUAUUUUUAUUAAGAAAUUCGAUACACUCGAGUUAAUGCUGAUGUUUACAAGAAAAGCCAAUUGGUAUCCGAAAACCAAACUUAGGUUAUUUACUUUUUCGAUCCUUUCAUCAUAUUAUUUUUAUGGGACGUAAUAUACGCCUUAACAUCACUGGAAAUAA